CCUGUUUCGGCACUGGCCGGACAUUUUCGCCUCUUUGUUUUACUGACAGUGGAUUUAACUCGGAUUCAACCCAAUAUCCAGCGGACCUCUCCGGCCAUAAACAGCUGUGUGAAACAGAGCACAGGAUGCAGAGUUAACACCACCCUGUGUCUCCCAGAAGAAGCCCGGCUGAGACCUUCAGCAGUAGACACAUGGCGGCAUUAGGGAACCCCGAGAUGUUAACCAGAAAGAUUAAGCUGUGGGACAUCAAUGCCCACAUUACUUGUCGUCUGUGUGAGGGGUACCUGAUCGACGCCACAACGGUCACCGAGUGCUUACACACCUUCUGCAGAAGCUGUUUGGUGAAAUACCUGGAGGAGAACAACACGUGUCCCACAUGUCGGAUUGUCAUUCACCAGAGUCAUCCACUGCAGUACAUUGGCCAUGAUCGAACAAUGCAAGAUAUUGUCUAUAAGUUGGUGCCAGGACUUCAGGAAGCGGAGAUGAAGAAACAGAGAGAGUUUUAUCAGAAGUUAGGCAUGGAGGUGCCUGGAGACAUCAAAGGAGAACUGUGCAACGUAAAAACCCACCCGGACACUCCACGCAAUGGUGACCUGAAAUCAGAAAACCCAUCCAAUAAGGACGCAGGAGAGGAGAAAGCAGAGGAAGACAACGAUUACCACCGCAGCGAUGAGCAGGUGAGUAUCUGUCUGGAGUGUAACAGCAGUAAACUCAGAGGUCUCAAGCGGAAGUGGAUUCGUUGUUCGGCUCAGGCCACCGUUCUCCACCUUAAGAAGUUCAUCGCAAAGAAGCUCAACCUCACAUCCUUCAAUGAGCUGGACAUCUUAUGCAAUGAAGAAAUCUUGGGAAAGGACCAUACUUUGAAAUUUGUCGUGGUAACAAGAUGGAGAUUUAAGAAAUCGCCCCUCCUUCUGCAUUACAGACCCAAAAUGGAUUUGCUGUAGUCGGACAAAAGCGGUUGGUUGUUUUGACCCGGUGACUUUGGACUGUGCUACACGCUAUAUAUGCAGAGACCAUCAACUCCCACACCAAACAAAAAGCCUGUCUUUUCUGAGUCAACACAGACACGAGCCAGCAAACAACAAAACCAGCACAGCCGCUGCGACACUGGUGGCUUUUACCAUCUGUCCGUCCGCUAUAUGUCCUAGAUAUGUGAAAAAUUGAGAGAAAGCAUAUAUUUAUACUUUUGUAUAGAUGAGAGAAGUGGAACCAAGACUCUAUUGGUGCACUGUUUACACAUUAAAACAACAACAACAACAACAAAAAAGGUCAUGAGAGGAGGUUUAAAGGUUUUUUUUUUUGUACCAUUGGACUUUGUUCCCACCUCAACAAUGGGCAAAAGAUGGUGCUCUUUGUCUGCCAUCCUCCGUGGAAAUGUCCUCUUACACUGCUAACCAGGGGAGAGGAGGCAUUUCAAACUGACCGCUCUCUCUCAGGUCUUAUUCAACACUUCUUGGGAGCGCAGAAACUUUCUAAUCUUAUAUAAAGCGGUUUAUAUGAGUUCUGUAUUAACUCCGAUUUUCUUUACUUUUCGGCGUUGCUACAAGUGGAAUUGUGAAUAGGCAAAUUUAUGUGUAGUAUUUAUGUUAAAUUUACCAUAUUGUAUAUAAAAGUUGUUAACAGAGAGGAAUGGAAGAUGUUAUGAAAGACAGGAAGUGUGUGUGUGUGUGUGUUUGUGUGUGAAAGGUUAAAGGUUAGAUAACUAGAGACUGUUUAGAGUGAUUUUCCAAAAGUGCUAUAUUUUGAGCUGCAUUUAUGUAGCUACAUGUGAAAGGCAUAUAAAUACUAAAUUCAAGAUUCGUUAUGGCGUGAAUCUCACAAAAACAUGUCGGAGUCAUAUCCCCCAAUCAAAAGUAAUACAAUUUGAAAUGUUAUUUUGCAUUGUGACAUUAUUUUCAUGACAAUCAAGCACAUUUCCCCCAAAAAUUCUAAUAACAGUAAUGCGUUUGGAUAUCUUUUGUUUUUCUUUUUUUCUAUUCAAUAGUGGGAUUAGAAUCCAUUGUUUUCUUGUUACUGUAAUACUUUAUUUUUACUAUAUUACAGUAAAGAAUGACUGUAAUAAGAUUUUUUGUUCAUUUAAAUCAGCAUAAAGACAGUUCAACAUUGCUGCCAUGAUAUGUAAAUACUUACUAUUUAAAUAAAUUAUUAUUAUUAUUAUCAUCAUCACAUUACAGUAACAAGAAUGAGGUUUUUUUCAUUACUAUGAAGAAAAAUGGGGAGUACUUAAUUGUCAUGAAAAUGAUGCAACAAUCAAGCAUUCUUAAUAUUCUUUGAAAUGAUGCUUAAUUUUCUUCAAAUAAUAAUAAAAAUAAUAAAACAUAUAUUUUUUAUUUAUAAUGAUAUAUAUUAUUUUUUUGUGUGUGUGUGUGUGUGCACAUAUAUAUAUAUAUAUAUAUAAUGAAAUUAAUUUCUCUUUUGAUUUUGGUUGAAAUAUCAACUGGACAUGUUCAUGACAGGUUUUUAUGAGAUUCACCCAAUCAUUACAUCUAUUAUCAGUGCAGACUUUUCAUGAUGCAAAAAGCAUAUAUUUUGGUCCUUAUUAAUUUAGGAAGAUGUUUAGUUAUUAAAUGCAGCAGAGAUAUUAAUUGGAAGUGAUUUUGAAAUGCUUUAAUCAUCCAUCCCUCCCGAUCUUCAAUUUGCAGCUCUAGAAUCAUUAAGGAUGUGUAAUAACGAAUCCUUAUUAACUAAACUUACUUUAACAAACAGCCAACCUGCCCUCAUUAUAUACAUGUACGUCCAUCACUAUAAUCCUGCAGCCUCAAAUCCAAAAUGCCAUGCAUCAGCUUUUAAUUGAGACAGAAAGAUGAGUUAUUGAGUCCUUAUACUGACAUGAUGUCAGUCCUCCGCAGUACGAAUGUAACCCACAUAUAGCCGUCCAUAUGUAUUGUACAGCUCUUUAUUUUAGUGCAGUCUUUGUGCCAAAGGCUUAACACACCAUCCUGACUUCACUCUAUUCUGCAUGGCAAGCUGUACGAAUGGCAGAACGUAUACGGCAAAAUCCGCGUUUGACCGUAAUUGAUUUGAUACAAAGUGAUAUAGCGACGAUUUGUCUAGGUUAAUGUCCAGUCGUUAAAUUUGACUCGUUUCUUUUUUAUUGUUUAUUUUUGUGAGCCCCCUUUGAAGUUUGAAAUCUUUUGAAUCCAUUGUGCCCAACAAAGUGUCUAGAUGAUCAUACAUUAAAUGACUCUUAAUAGUGUAAUAUUUCAAAUAUUUCUUGGAUGAGCUAAUUGACAACAAUUUGAAUUAAAACAAGUUGCAUUAGUUUGUAAAACAGUAGAUGAUGCAGUAAAAAGUUAACUCAUUAUUGCAGUCCAUUUUAAAACGGGUAAAUGGCAAACCAGCUUCACCAAAUCUUUCUGGUUCAUUUCAUAAGUUAGUCUAUUAAUACGGAUGUUUUGUGUAUUCAAUAUUAUUGCAGUGUAUCCUUGCAAGCGAAACACUCGCCAGUGAAAUACAUCUGAACGGGACUGCCCUUGAUUCUGAUUUCUCAGUGUCUUAGAAUGUGAAUUAUACAAGUAUACAUCAUUUCUUGUGCUUCACAUUUUUAAAGAAGCGUAUUGUUUUGCUAAACUUCAUCACCGACAUGCUCUUGUGAAGAGGAUGCGGUCACAAUGAUUUCCAUUUAAGCAGUUUAUUCUCAUUUCCUGUUUCUUGAGUUGUUAAAUAUUGCAUUCUUGUAGUUUUCAGCCAUUUCAUGCGAACAUUCUAUGGCUAGCGUUCCAAACACAAACUUCAGGUUUAUUGCAAUGUGUCCUCAACGACUGGUGUAAAUGCAACAAUUGCAUGCUUUCACUGUUUCUAUUUAAUGCUUUUCUGACUCCAGCAUUUGGCAGGAAUGGCUGCGAGGGUCUUACUUUUGGGCGGUUGGUGUCAGAUGGGUCGUGGCCAUGGUGAAGGCUGGUGAUUCUCUUUUUUGAGCCAAUAAAUGGUGCUAAUGUUUUGUACUUUUUUAAAUAAAUAACUAAACAUGAUGCAGACCGAAAGCAAGUCUUAAAAUACUGGUAUUGUUCAUACCUGUCUUGCUUUUCCAAUGUGUUUGGUGCUCUUGAGGUUUUUGAAACUUAUUUUUAAACCCUGUCUUAAAAUAUUGAGGGAAGUUGGUUUGUGGAUUCAUGAUUUUUCGUUUACUGCUGUACCGGGAAACUCUUACAUUGGUGUAGUCGCACAAUAUGUCCAUCAUUGCCAUCUGCUAUCAUAAAGAACACUGGCAUUUAGAGGAAAUGUCUGCCUUGCAUCACUUUUUAAAGGGUUAGUUCACCCAAAAAUGAAAAUGUUGUCAGAAUUUCCUCCCCUUCAUAUCAUUCCAAACCUUCGGAAUUUGCAUUUUCUUUCUAAAAAUUACAUUUGUACUCCACUGACAGUUCGGUUAAGGGUUUGGGUUAGGGGCUGGAGUUAAUAAAAUUAGUAUUUCUGUUGGACAUUUCGCUCUUUAACUGAUUUGAAUUCGAAUUUACAUUGAGAUCGGUCUGGAAUGACAUGAGAGAGUAAAUAAAGUAAUAAUUUUCCUUUGUGGGUCAACUAGCAAACAUGGCAACUUGUUCUUGCGCUAGUCUAGUGGCCAUCACAAAAUUGUUGACUUUUUUGGGUGUAAGUGAUGAAGACUUCCUCUAUAGACUCCAGUAUUGUUUAAACCACCUCAAAGUUUAGGUUUGCUCUACCAGAACUUCAUUGUGCAUGAGCGGUGUGUUGGUGCUCUGAGGUGGAUUCACUACUCUGCAGUAUUGGGAUGGAUCGAUGCCCGUGCCAUGUUAUCAGGCUUGCAUUGAGACAUUAGCGCUACUUCACUUGAUAGGCAGGCUGCAGGAAGCUUACUGGAUAUCUGCUUUACUGCUUUAAAAGCUGUGGACUGUGUCCAGACUCAAGAUGCCAAGAUUGGAAGCUGGUAUCCUUAUCGUUUCUAUUUGCUAGCUUUUUGGCAGCAUUUGGUUCUGUGAGAAUGGUGCUUCGUGACUGACUUUUACUUUCGAAACUGAGUGACAAAUCUGGAGAUGAUAUCAGACUGAUCCAUGUGUGAAUCUCACAAAAGCUAUCAAGUGCAUGUCCUGGUCAUAUCUCAACCCUCAAUUAUAAGAUGGUGUAUUUCGCUUAAUGAAGCCUAUGGAAAGUCAUGGAAAUUAAUAGAAUCUGAAAUGUCAUGGAAAAGUCACGUAAAUUUCCUGAAAUUAAGAUGAUUUAAAUAGUUUUUUUUAAUGCCUACAAAUAUUUAAUAUUGUUCUUAUGUUAAAAGACAACUUUUUUGUAAGCCAUAUCGAUGUUUAAUUUGCCAGUAAAUUGUUCUUUUUAGUCAGUUCUUUUCAAUGAAUUAGUUGAAAUGGUUCUCAAAUCAGUCUAAAUGAUUCUUUGCAAAACUGCCUGAAUCAUGACUGGAAGCCCUGAACUGCACUGUAAAAAACAACAACAAAAAGACCCACGAGGUUAAUUUUUUUAUGUGCAUGCGAUUAUCUAAUCAGCCAAUCGUGUGGCAGCAGUGCUGUGCAUAAAAUCAUUCAGAUAUGGGUCAGGAGCUUCAGUUAAUGUUCACAUCAACCAUCAGAAUGGGGAAAAAAUUUGAUCUCAGUGAUUUGGAGUGUGGCAUGAUUGUCAUGAUUUUGUAUUUAUUUAAAAAAUUUUAAGGAAAAAAAGUAUUUGUAGGACAUAAGACAGUCAGUUACCUAAAAAAUAAAUUGAGGUAAAAUUGUAAUUAAUUGUCAUGAAAUAUUGCAACACAAUGCAAUGGUGAA